AGUCGCAGACCAUCACCAUCCCAUUGCGCAGCAGCACAACGACCAGCAUACACUCCAAGGCUCAUUCGAAGCUUGCCACCGAUACAACCCCCCCCUUAUCACCUUGCCCCACUCCCCUUGACCCCUCGCCAUGGCGUCGCCCUUUCCCCUCGAGCUCCCUCCGAGCGACACGAGGAGGAUCUCGUCUUCUUCGUCCAGGCUGCUCAUGAAGACGACGCAGGCCACUGCCGAUGCCGGAAUCAAGAUCUUGCCAAGAAAGGGAGAGCCAAAUGUACUCGUCACUUCUGCACUCCCUUACGUCAACAAUGUCCCUCACCUCGGCAAUAUCAUCGGCUCAACCCUCUCGGCAGACGUCUACGCACGCUACUCCAGGUCAAGGAAUCGCAACACACUCUACAUCUGUGGCACGGACGAGUAUGGGACCGCAACCGAGACAAAGGCACUCGAAGAUGGAGUCACUCCGCAACAGCUCUGCGACAAGUACCAUGCUUUGCAUGCCAGCGUCUACAAGUGGUUCCAGAUUGGAUUCGAUCACUUUGGCAGGACCUCCACCCCCCGGCAGACAGAGAUCUGUCAAGAUGUCUUCCUGAAGCUUCUCGAGAAUGGCUACCUCGAACAACGGACCGUCACGCAGCUCUGGUGUCAGACCUGCGAGAGAUUCUUGGCCGAUCGAUAUGUUGAAGGAAUCUGCCCCAGAUGUAGCUACCCCGAUGCCCGAGGAGACCAAUGUGAUCAGUGCGCUCAGCUACUCGAUGCUGUGGAGCUGAUCGAGCCCCGCUGCAAGGUCUGCUCUACGCCUCCUGUGCCCCGUGACUCACCUCACAUGUUCAUUCUCAUCGACAAGCUCCAGCCAGCAACAGAGAAGUGGGCGCGGAAACAAGCCGUCGAUGGAGGCUGGAGCGCGAACGGCAAGACCAUCACCGAGAGCUGGUUCAAGGAGGGUCUGAGGCCAUUCAGCUUGACAAGAGACUUGAAGUGGGGAGUGAAGGUGCCAAAGGCCGCAGGGACAGAGGGCAUGGAAGACAAGGUCUUUUACGUCUGGUUCGAUGCUCCGAUCGGAUACCCUUCCAUCACUGCCAACUAUACAGAUGACUGGGAGAAGUGGUGGAAGAACCCGGAGGACGUCAAGCUAUACCAGUUCAUGGGUAAGGACAAUGUGCGGUUCCACACAGUCAUCUUCCCAUCAUGCCUUCUGGGAACAAAAGACCCCUGGACCAUGUUGCACCACAUCAACACAACGGAGUACCUGCAGUACGAAGGCGGCAAAUUCUCCAAGUCUCGCAACAUUGGCGUCUUCGGAGACAAAGCUGGAGAGAUUGGAGUGUCUCCUUCCGUCUGGCGCUACUAUCUGCUGUCGAAUCGGCCCGAGACUGGAGACUCUCAGUUCUCUUGGAUGGAGUUCGUCAAUCGCAACAACGGAGAAUUGCUUGCCAAUUUGGGCAACUUUGUUAACCGCAUCUUGACCUUCUGCUCCAAGAAGUACGACGGCAUCCUGCCCGAGGUGCCAGCCGGCCUCGGCCUGACUGCUGACGGUCCUCUGAAGGGUUCAGACGAGAACAUUCAUACUCGCUUCAUUACGGACAUUAACAGACUCAUUGCCGAGUACGUCUCUGCCAUGGAAGCCGUGCGACUGCGUCUGGGUCUCAGCACAGUCAUGGCCAUGUCCGCCCGCGCCAAUCUCUACCUUUCGGAGGUCGGCAUCGACAAUUCCCUCUUCAUGAACAAGCGUCCUCAGUGUGACGCGCUCAUGCUAUUGGCCGUCAACCUGAUCUGGGUAUUGUCAUCGGUGGCGCACCCUUUCAUGCCCGAGACGUCUGACCAAAUCUGCAGUCAGCUGGAUGCGCCUGCCCGCGUCGUACCAUUCGAGGAGGACCCUGCAGAGGAAGGUGUGGAAGCCAAAGAAGAUAGCAACGGAGACAAGCCGUCCAAGGAUUCCAGCGCAGUCGAUGGCUCUUCGGUGCCGGCUCCCACUGCCAAGGCUGUACGCGGUCGAGGCAUCUUUGCCCUUGACUUGCUCCCCGGACACAAGAUUGGCAAGCCAGCCCACCUGUUCAAGAUCAUCGAAGAGAAGCAGGUGGAGGCAUGGAGGGUUCAAUUCUCUGGCAAGUCCGAAGCCAAGAGUGCUGCCGUUGCCGAUGCUCCUUCCAAGGCUCCUUCUUCUACUGCCAAGACUGGUUCGGGACAGCAGGACGGGCAAGCAGGUCUGAGCAAAAAGGCGAUGUUGAAGCUGGAGAAGGAGGAGAAGAAGAAGGCUCAAGCGGCAAAGGAGGCUCUGCAGCCCAAGAAUAAGACGCCAGAGAUGAUUGAGCUGGAGAAGAAGGUGACGGAGCAAGGGGCGGUGGUGAGGCAAGCCAAGGAAGCGGCCAAGAGCGGUGGUGGUGCUCAGAAUGUCGAUGGAGAGGUCCAGCGCUUGCUGCAGCUCAAGACGGAGCUGACGGAGCUGACUGCAAAGGUCAAGGCGCUAGAGGUUGGCGAAGUGUUGGAAGGAAGCGCCUCAAAGUGAGGACUAGAAGCAAACGCAUCGUCUAUUUUUCCUGUAGCUUUCAAUCUUAUACUCUCAAUCAACAUCAUAUCCAGGUUACCAUU